AUGUCCUCAUCAUCAUCAAAUACUACGCUUCUGGAUAGCGAUCCAGUGAACGCGAACAUGCAGCCGGCGCAUGGAACGCUCGUUCAUGACGGGCGAUCCCUCGACGGCCAGGAGUACCAGCGAGGUGACCCGGUGGCUAUUGUCGAGAGCAGCACAGGAGAGGACCUCGCAGACGCUCUUCACAUACUCAAUCUCCGGAACAACCAGUGUAUGCUCGUGCCUUUGAAAGCUGUCUGUUGGGUUCCGACCCACACCGAGCAACGAGCCGGAACCACUUUCCUCCUCACAUUGUACGGUCCGAGCCUGGAUUUUCGCCGUUCCGCCUUGGAGCUUCCUCAGAUGGGAUACCGUGGCAUCGCAACCCUCUUUGGCUCCUGUGUCUACGUUGGACGCGAGGUCAUGCUUGAGGGCAACGCAUCAAGAGUCAACUUGGAGCCCGUCAACAGAGUCUCUUUGUUCACGGCCCAGUGGGAUGCACUUUCACACAGUGUAGAUAUGCAGCAGCCUGCAUUGACUCCUUCCGCGUCGUCUUGUGCAUCGUCCAGGAGCCCUUCCGAGUCGGGAGACGAUGUUCCGCCACCACGAUUCUACCGCGUUCAAGGGCGUCGAGACUCUGCCAUUGAAAUUCGAGACCCUGAUUCUCCCAUUUAUAAGUCUUCUGCAGGACGAAUGUCCGCCUCGCCUAAGCCGUUCCACAUUUCCACCACAUCUUUCGUGACAAAGCACAAUACUCGCAUCGUCGCUGAAGCUCCGAAAUUCCAGCAAUACGGAAGCAAUACCUGGUCAGACUUGGAAUCAGAUGACGAGUUUAGCUUCGACAUCGACCCCUCUUUCAGCCUUGAUCCUGCCUUUGCUGAAAACCUCGACCUAUGCAUCUGCGAGCAUCCGCUAGAUGGCAUGAUUGCGGAGAACGACUUACAAGUCAAUUUUGUUUUCAUGCCGCAGAAUGAGAGUAGUAGUUACGUGCCUGGACAACAGGACCAGCAAAGGCCGGGCGCCACCGCCCAAGAGCCUCUCUGGGCCACACAAGGCCUCAACGCAGACAACGGCAAUGCUUGGGAUCCUUUGCAGAUGCCACCACAACACAUCCCGGAAAUGCGGCAGCCGCAGUUGCCAGUGCCCCAGCGGCAACAGGCACUGCCCUCGAGGGCAGUCAACCAUGCCGACUACUACGAGCAGUACCGACUUGUGGAGGAGCACGGCAGCUCCAACAAUCAUCCUGGGCCCGUGGGCCAUCAUUCUCAGCACCCAGAGGCUGUUCACAUGCACAACGACCCCCGUGCAGACUACCUGCCAUCUCAGCUUCCUCCUUCAAACGCUUCUCAACCCCUACAAGACUUCCAGAUGCCACCCCGGUAUCCAGAACAGUCAAAUAGACUUCCAAUGCCAGGCACCUCCUUUCCUGCGCCUCAAGAGGUCCACGUUAUCCAGAGCAACCGCUCCGCGCCUCGGCCAUCCUACCCACUUCCGUCGAGCUCUUACAGCCCUGUACAAGAAGGGAGCUUGCCCUCGACUUCCCAAAGUCAACAGCCGAGGCGAAGCCCGCGCCCUCACGAAUCUCGUCCUUCGAGCACACGUGGGACGCCAGUCAUGGCUCGCCGAGCACCAUCCCAACCCGUUCAUACGUUUACACCAAGUGGAAUCAUCGAUUCCUUCCGCCAGAGCACACAGGCACACGUCAGCUCCUUGGAGAGCCAUUGCGAGCAAUUGCAGCAGAACCAAGCCAGCGAUGAUCAACUUCGUCAAGCUAACGAGUCGCUUCAGGCUGCUCGACGAAACAUUGAAGAGUCUCUGCAGUUUCUCGGCCUGCUUCAGCCAAUUACUGGCAUUCCAUUGCGGGGCACAGAGAAGAGGCUACAGUCGAUUGCCGACCAGAUCGUUGAUGCGGUCAAGGGUCUACUUUCCGAUGACUCCGACGGUUCUGACAAGAAUAUUGAACAGCUGAACCAAAAGGUACAAAGCCUCAAGGAAUUUAUUGAGUACGUUGAGGGUGUUCACCCCGAGGUGGUGAAGCGCGCGCAGGACCACGCGACAGCAGCUGCGGACAAAAGCCAAAAUGUUCCAGUCACUACUGCGAGCCGAGUCCCCUCGGCCCCCGCGUCCGUUUCUUCUCACACUGCGGACGAGUCUGACUCCUGCCGCUGGGUGGACGGCCAAGCCACGCCGCCACCGGAUCGCUCCACGGCGAUGGCCUUGAACCGAGAUCGCUCCCGUAUGUUCCGGGACAUGACUACUGCCCAUGGCCGUCGUCCUGAGCCUCGCGCCAACACUGUUCCGGAGUACUAUGCUCCCACUAGCUACAGCCAACCGUCAUCUCGGAUCCAUUCACCAAUGGCUACCCACUCUGCGCCCGCCGAGCCUCCGCACGCCGCUGGUCACGGUUUCUUCCAGCAGCCUCUCCCGACACAAAUUCAGCAGACGAUUCCCAUCACUGAUUUCGGAGCCCCGAUGCAGGAUCGAACAAUGCAGGCAUACCCAACCCCCACCUCGGUCGAGAUGAUGCGGCCGAUGCAGCCAGUGUCGAGUCUUCCCCCGCAGCACUACACGACGCAGCAAGAAAGCAACUUCUACCUGCGACCACCGCCACCAAACUGUCUGUACCCCACGACCGGAGCCGAGAUGUCCCAUGCUGCGUACGCCCCGCGGUCUCCAGUCUCUUUCCAGCCGGGUCCGGGGUCAGCGCAGACCAAUUACUAUCAGGACAUGAGGUCCGGCCUCCCGGACCGGCGAACGGUUCGCCAGGAGCGGCCCGCUCCUUACUCUCUUAAUUACAGGGAUCAACGGCGACGUAGGGGAAGCCAAUGA